ACUUGGCGAACGGUCGACAAGCGGACCGAGCUACAAAAACAGUGCCAGAUAGAGAUAGUCAGAUCAAAAGAGAGAGAGAGAGAGAGAGAGCAAGAGCGAGAGACAGUGAAAGAGAGAGAGCAACAAGUUUGCCAGUGGAAAUUUUAGUAACGAAAUGCAGUGAAUACUUGUCCAGUGAAUGCAACAAACUGGCUUAAAAACAAUCAAUAAGCGGCCAGAAAUCAAAACAAAAAACUCGAAACUAUCCAAAAGCCCAUUAUGAACACAAAGGCCGAGGCGGUGAAACAAAACGCUGAGUGAAUCUAGUUAAAAUCGAAAAAAAAAACACCAACGAGCAGUCAAAACCAAAAUCAAAAUCAAAACCAAAACAGCAACAAGUGAAAGAGGCAGAAAGAGACGGCGAGAGCGGCAGUCCGCGUGUGAGAACGAGACAGGCGACUAGGAGACUUUCGCAUCUGACGGUUGAUUUUUGCAUGCCGAGAGAUACAGCGAAGCCAAGCUAGCGCUGCGGCUACAGAUACAGUAGCUAGAGCCUGAGAAGUAUCUGCGAAAUACGACUAUUGUUACUGGCCAGACGGACAGUCAGAAAUGGAGUACGAGAAAAUGCUGUACAUGCCAGGCAGUGAGAUGCCGCACAGUCCGCAGCUGAAGCCACAUCAGUUCCAGGCCCAAACGUCGCCGGAUCAGUACUCUGCGUAUGCAGACAAUUUCGACCUAUCGCUGUUGCCACAGGAAUCCGCCCCCAUUCCCACCACAGUCUUCCAGUACAACGCUCCGCAGAUCAAGGUCGAGUGCGCCUGGGAGAGUCAACCAGUGCAGCAGCAGCCGCAGCAGCAACCACCCAUCGCCCCCUUUGCCAGCUCCAGCCACCAGCUGAUCCCGCCGCCCGCCUAUCCCCACAGCGCCUACCCCUCCCCCCAAUCCAGUCCGCUGCAGUCGGAGUUCGCGGCCUUCGGAUUCGGCAGAUUCGGCGGCAGCUACGACAGCCUGAACAGUCCUUCGCCCUCCUUGGAGGCGGUCAGCAUUAAGCAGGAGCUGCACAUCCUGCCGCCCUCUCCACCGGAGUCCAACUGUGAAACCCCCUCGCCGCGAUCCUCCUGCGGGGAGAGCAUCAAGGCGGAGCCACUGGAUGCCGACAUCGAGAGCCUCAUCGACCUGAACUCCCUGCUGCAGCAGCAGAGCCUGCAGGACACCAAGCCGGAUCACCAGCUGCUCCGCGAGUGCCUCGAGGACACCAGCUUCCAGAAGCGACACAACCUGAAGCCACUGGCUCUGGAAUCCUUCAUCGGAGGCUUGGCCGAGGUGCGCGGAGAUUUCGAGCCGGUCAUUUCGCUGGCUCUGGAACAUGCCAAACGGGAGGCGGACGCCAUCUGCGCGGAGCUGCAGAUAUCGCAGGAUCCGAAUGGCUGGUCGCCCGCUCAGGUACACGCAUGGCUACGAUCCACCUUGGCCCAGUUUGGACUUCCCCCGGUGGCCGACUUGGAGCUGCAUUUCUGUGAAGAUGGAGCCGCUCUGACAUUACUCAGCGAGGAGGAAUUCGUGCGCCGAUUGCCCGAGAGCGGGAGCACACUGCACGCCCAGCUGGAGAUUUGGAAGAUGGCCUAUGCCGACCAGCCCACUAAUCAGCAGCAGCAGCAGCAGAGUCACCAGCCUGCCAACGCUGAUCUCUGGCCAGCCAGCUAUGCGAUGCCCAAUUUGGAACUCGACUUCAACGAGGACAGCGAAGAUGACGAAGACAUGGAAGCAGAUGCAACAAUUACACCGCUAACCAGCAGUUCCACUUCUUCAGCCGCAGCCACUCCCACCACCGGUGGUACAGCCACGGCAAAACGUCCGAACGGAGGACGCACUGGAGGCGGUGGCUCCCACAUCCACUUGUGGCAGUUCCUCAAGGAGCUGCUGGCCUCGCCGCAGGUCAAUGGCACCGCCAUCCGGUGGAUCGACCGCAGCAAGGGGAUCUUCAAGAUCGAGGACUCCGUGCGGGUGGCCAAGUUGUGGGGCCGCCGCAAGAACCGACCGGCGAUGAACUACGACAAGUUGUCCCGCUCCAUUCGGCAGUACUACAAGAAGGGAAUCAUGAAGAAGACGGAGCGCUCGCAGCGGCUGGUCUACCAGUUCUGCCAUCCCUACAGCCAGUAGAAAAAAGCCAGUCAUGGCCAGUAAUUUAUUGCUAGUUGUAAGUGGUACACCUGACCGACCCACCUGUCCCGAUCCAAUCCGAUUCGAUCUGAUCCGCUGACUAUGCUCGACUAGCCUUGUGGGCCUAGCGAGUUCUAGUUUCAGUCCUUGUACAUACCCUCAAUCACAAUCUUGUUAGGCACGAAGGUAAGUUCGUGCAUCGAUUAAGUUUGGCUCUAGGCUAAGAUUCUACUACCCUCGUCCGCCGGCGAAGGUAAGUUCGUCUGGGGGCAGGGCAAUAAGUGACCCCCCAAUUCUUAAACCGCAAUCGAUCGUAGAUCUAACUCUGAUCCCGCACUGCAGCUGGUAAUUCGGCUGCACCUGCGCAUGUUUGACUUACCGGCGACAUCUUUAUUCAACUGCUGCCUGUCCGUGCGAAGGAUGACUCACCAGGACGAGGUCCUGUGGCUGGAGUUCUCAACCAGGAGCUAAACGACCGCCAUUAGUAGUCCGAGGCGAAAUUGGUCAGAAGGUCGCAGCAUCCGGAGCUCUCCACCACAAUCGAAGGUCCAGCCUGAUCCUGAGCAUCCUUCGCUGGCAGCAUGAAGGUGUCGAGGUAAUUUUAGGAACCAUAUAUCUAUGAUAUAUCAAAAGUAAGUUCUAUGAACAACUUAAUAAGCGAACAAAUGUUAAAUAGUAGUGUUAAGUAUCCUCGAUUAGCCGUAGGUUUCCUUGAAAGUUUUUUCUCUUCCCCGCAACAAAGUUAAAAAUCUUUCGACCUCGUCCGAUUAUUCUGUAUAAUAACUCACAGCGAUAUCAAUUAUUUAUUCUCUACCGGGUGGCGGUUCAAUUUAGACAUAUUUCGUUUCACUUUUUGUUUAUACAUGCAAUUAGCAUAAUUCGUGCAUAAUUUUCUUUAGUUUCGUUUAUGUGACGGGUAGCGAGUCUAAGUUAAUUUUAAUAUUUAUUCGCUGGAGCAGCCGAGCGGCGAAAUUAUGGAAAGUCAAUUAUUUUGCUGCUAUUUGCAUUAGCAUUAAUGCAGGCGCUUUAAUUGAAUUAUGCAACGGCCAAUUGGCUGCUCGGCUUAUUUUGUUAACCAAAUAGAACAGUUACCGUUUAUGAAAAUAUUUAUACGCAUAUUCCACACUUAAUUAGGAUGUUGCCUGCCUGGCGACUAGAUUUAUGCACUUUACACACACUUUUUACGACACACCAAUUAUUUAUUUAUUUAUUCAACUAACAUAUUGUCAUGCUACACUAUCCGAUAAUAAAAAUCUCAGCAAAAAAAGCGAACAAUCGCCAA